AUGAAGAUCAUUGGUGACAAUGCCCAUCUCCAUAAAAGUAUAUGCACGUGUAUACCAUCAGAUCGAUCUUUCAUCUGUAUGUACAUUAACGAAUCAUCUAAUCGAUCGAAUUCUUUUCCAGAUGCACUGUUUAUGGAUGUGGUCAAUGAAGAAAUAGGUAGAAUGCUUCCACCUAUCAGAGGUUAUGAAAACCAGCCGUUGGUAUCACUCGAAGAAGCAAUUCAGCCGGUUGCACAACAUUUCACAAAUAUAGACGCAAAUGUGCAUGUGGCGAAGAAAAAUUGUGCGAAAUUAGACGAUUCUUUAACCGUGGAUGAGUCGGCUGCCAUAUACUUAUAUACAAUGGCAUUCGAUGACAAACCAAAUCUAUACGAAAUACUCAAUAGUUCUUUACGAAAUGCAAAUCGUCGACAACUUAAACCCUGGUCAUUAUUUCUGAAAUUAUUUCUGACUGCGCUCUACAAACUUCCUUCAUCAUCUCGUACAGUCUGGCGAUGUGUACGUGGCGUAGAUUUAACUUCGGUUUAUCCAAAAGGCAAAGACAUCGUAUGGUGGGGAGUGGGUUCGUGCAUCGGCGAUGUUUCGAUGCUUGAAGACGAUCGUUUUCUCGGUAAAAACAACGCUGGUACACUUUUUUUCAUUGAGUCGCGUAAUGCUAAGUCGAUAAGACAAUAUUCGUGUGAAAAAGAUACAAUCGAAGAAAUCAUUCUCAUGCCUGGUUCCUUCUUUCGUGUUAACGAUCACAUGCCGGCGAAGAACGAUCUUCGUGUUAUUCAUCUCGUCGAACAUGCUCCACCCUUCACCCUGUUGGAAACACCGCUUAUCAGCCGUCAAGUCUUAUCACAACAACGUACUGUUCAAGAAAUGGCUGGCAUAACUGAGAGCAAAACGACAAUAGUGCGUGCAAGACCAUUCGAUGAAUUUUUGGUACAAUCGCCAACUACUGACAAACCGACAGAACCUUCGGACAAACCAUGA